GAAAGGGAAUAGAGUUACUUGGAGUCUCAAAGAGGGAAGACAUCGAGGCUAGGUGGAGGAAGUUCAAAGACGCUGAAAAUAAAUUGUAUGUGGAGAUAGCUGAAUUCUAUGCCGAACAGGCUAAGUUGAUAUAUCAAGCAAAUAGCUCGUCGUCCUCCUAGAUAGCGAAGGAUGAUACAUUAUCUAAAACAGGACGAAGUGUAUCGAGCAUUUGUGGAAUAUGCAAUUGUAUGAAUUUAGUAUAGUUUCAUAUUUAAACUAGUUGGUUGCUGGGCUAUAUGUCUCCUGAUCUUGUUAUAUAUGCCACUUUUUUAUUUUGUUCGAUAGUAGUUUAGAAAUUUUGAUGAUUUUUGAAUAUCUUAACCGUUAAAAACAUGGUUUGUGUUUUGGAUGAAGAUUCCUCUGCUUAGUGUUGUGACUUGCGAGCACCAAAGCGAAAAUAGAUGCCUCUCUGUUUGUUAAGCUGCUUAGCUUUUACUGGGUCAAGAAAACUUUUUCUCUAUGUAUUCAUAACAUUAUUAAUUAACCGAGUUUAGUGCUUGGUCACACGAUAAAACUACCAUGACUGCCAA